UUUCCCACCCUACUAUAUUACUUGCUUUUAUAUUGAAGUUAAAUUACUGUCAAUCAACUGGAUAUUCGUAUAUACUUAGUUAUCACAUUUGUAACCUGGUCAUUUCCUACGGUAUGUUUUUAAACAUUCCAUUUUUAACUUAGCUGGUAAACCCACGAUGUUUUAAGCUUAGGGUAUUGUAGGUAUAAUAUUUUAGUAAAUGGCGAAUUGAAAUUAAGAUAAUUUAUUCCUUAUUUUCAAGAAGAUACCCAGAUCAAGGCAAAAUGCCUGCCCGUAAGGGAACGAAAAGUCCAAAGUUAAAAGGGCAGGGUAGGAAAGGAAAAGGCUCAGCCAAGUCUAAGAAGAAGAAAUCUUCGUCAGCAAAGUCGUCACCUUUAUCCCCACUUACAAGCAAAGGAGUGGAAGAGGUUGAUAUCUUAAGCCCAGCAGCAAUGACAAACGCAUACUAUAUAUGUCAUAAUGCCCCUGAUUGUUUGGAGAAGAGAGGGUUUGGUUGGUCUGGUGCUAAGGGUGGAAAAAAAGGAAAAAAGGGAAAAAAGAAAAAGAAGAAAUAAUAUGGAACAAUGUGAUUGUGUUAGGAAAUUUACUUACUGUGAUAAAAUAUUUGUUAUUAUUUUAAAUAUAAUUUGAAACAAGCUUACUAUAUUUUAAAGGUUGUUUUGUUUUAAUUUUAGACCUUUUUGUCAAAUAAUGUUAAAUUUUAACAUUUUUCCUUAAAGUUUUUGGCAGAGUUUCAUGUAGUUUUGUUUAUCGUGAUUAUUUUUUUGAAUGUUUUUUUGUGUUUUAACAAAUAAACUUUAUUAUGAUUUAUGACAUCACAGUAACUGACUAAAUAAACCUGAAAAAUCUUUCUUAUAUAUUUUUGUUUUAUUUGAUAUUUUUAUUUAUACCUUUAAGAAAAACUUUUAAUUUUAAACUAAGUUAAAAAAAACGUCAUAAAAAUGAAUUAUGUUUCUUCAUGUUUAAAGCACUAACAUAAAAUGAAACUUAAAAGAAAUUAAGAAGAA